AUGCACCGCCGCACCCCAGAGCGGGCCCCGCAGCGUCACCCCGCGGCCGACGCCGACGCCACGCAGCAGCAGGCGCGGCUUUGCGGCGCGCUGCUGCGGGCGCUUGAAGGGGGCGCCCCCGCCACGGCCGGCGCGGCGCUCGACGGGGGCGCCUGGGCGGCAGCGCUUGAGGCGCCAGACGUGGCGCAGCAGCGGCUCGCGUGCCUGCGGGCCGAGGAGGCGGGGCUGCUGCGGCAGUUGGAUGAGCUAAUGGGGGAUCCAGCGCUGGCGCCGCGCGUGCUGCUGGAUGUAGCCGACAUUGGGGACGCCCUGGGCCCCACUGUCAGCAGCAGCAGCGCCAGCGCCGCCGGAGGCAGUGACGGCGACGGCAGCGGCAGCGGCGCCGGCGGCGGCAGGAGCACCCCAGACGAUGCGCCGGCGGCUCGCACGGUCGUGCUCACCCGCGCCGCGACGGCCGCGCUGCUGGCGCGCGCGCCCGGCGCCGCCGCGCGCCGCGCCGCGCACGAGGCCGGCCUGGUCCCGCGGCUCGCCGCCGGCGGCGCCGCGCUCUCGCGCCUCGCGCUCUGCCGCGACGGCAUGGCGCAGCUUUGCGGGGCCGGAAGCUUUCCCGAGCUCUGCUGCGCGCGGCUGGCGGCGCCGGGGCCCGUGGAAGUCGCGGGGUUCCUGCAGGAAGCUGCGGAGAAGCUGCGCCCCCUGGCAGAACGGCAGGUCGAGCGCCUGCUGGCGCGAGCGCAGCGGCUACCGGAUGAGGUGGCGCCCGGCGCCUCAGCAUCGGGGUUGGCAGUGGCGGAACGGAAGGGCGGCGGCACGGCGGCCGCGGUGCGGCAAGAAGACCCAGUGCCGGCGCGAGUGCCAGCGCUGGCUCCGCCGUUCGAGCCAUGGGAUUGGGAGCGGCUGUUUGAGGCGGAGUGCGCCCCCGACGCCGCGACCCUCGCCGCCCUCGCGCCCCACCUCCACCUCGGCCCCGUCCUCCUCGGCUUCUCCACCCUCCUGCGGCGCCUGCUCGGCAUCGCGCUGCUCCCCCGGCCGCCCGCCGGCGGCGGCGGCGGCGGCGACGGAGGCGGCGGCGAGCUGUGGCGGCCGGGCGUCUGGGUGGUCGCCAUGCUGCAUGAGCAGAGGGGCCACCUGGGGACGCUGUAUGUUGACCCUGGGGCUGGGUACGGCACGCGCGUGCUGCGGCACGGGCCGUGGCGCUGGGCGCGGCGGGGGCGCAGCAGUGGCAGCGGCGGCGGUGGAGGCGGCGGCAGGUGCGGUGCAGGCGGCGACGGGGACUUGUCACCCAACGAGCUAUGGGCGGCGGCGAUCGCGCAUUUAGGCCCCGUGGGCGGCGCCGUGGGGCCGGCUGCGGCGGCGGGCAGCCCGGGCUCUACGCGAGUGCUGUCUUGGCUGCAGGCCCAUGCCGCAUCCGCACCCGGGGUGUCGAUCGGACUAUCCUCCGUGCCCCGCGGCCCCCAGGGCGGCAGCGCGCCGGGCUCAACCAACGGCUCCGCCGCCCCUGCGGACGGCGUGCUAUCGCUGUCGGCAUUGUGGGAGUUGGGGCACGAGCUGGGGCACGCAGUCCACUUGCUGCUGUCGUCGUCCAAUCUGGGCCCGCCGGUCGGCCCUGGGGGCAGCUUUGAAGAGGAGCUUGAGAAGCAGCAGCAGGAGCAGCGGCAGGGGCAGCAGCGUGAGGGACAGCAGCAGCAGCAGCAAGAGCAGCAGCAGCAGCAGCAGCAGGAGCAGGCGCGGCCCCGCAGCCCGCACCUGUCAGGCCGCUUCCUGGCCCCAGACCUCCUUGAGCUGCCCUCUGCCUUGUUUGAACGAAUCCUAUUGGAGCCGGCGGCACUCGCUACCAUCUGCAGCCACCGCGAGACCGGCGAGCCCGCGCCUGCUGAGCUGGCGGCCGCGCUGGCGCGGCACUACCGGUGGCGGUACGGCAGCCCCUUGGCUGUGCAGGACAAGGUGUGCGCGGCGCUGGCCGAGCAGCUGCUGGGGCUGUUCCCCGAAGACGCCGCGACCCAGGACACCUGGGCACAAACUUGGGCCGAGUUCUCCUCCACGCCCCCCUGGGCGCGCGCCACCAGCCGCCAGCUGGCGCUCAUGCCGGUGGUGGCGGCGCACAGGGGCACCUACUUUUCGUACAUCACCUGCUGGGCCUGGGCGGCGCACAUGUGGCGGGGCACGGCGGCGACGCUGCUGUCGCCUGCCUCAGGAGGCGACGGCGGCGGCGGCGGCAGCGGCGGCGGCGGCGGCAGCGGCGGCGGCGGCGGCAGUGGCAGUGCGGCUGGUGAAGGGCAGGGAGCGGGGGCGGAGGCGCGGGCGCGGGCGCGGGCGCGGGCGGCGAUGAUGGCGGUUAUGUCACUCGAUGCCAGCAUGGCGCUGGAAAGCGUCUUCCGCCUGCUGCUGUCGCUGGGGGGCACUGGGCCGCCAGAGGGGGCCGCCGCCGGGAGGGAGGAGGCAUGGCGGGGCGCUGCCGAGGGAACUGGUAGCGGCGACGAUUUUGUCUGGGUGCCUGAUAUGCCGGCUGGCCUUGAGGGCUGGGUGUUUGAGAGCUGA